AUGGUUAAAACAUCAAAAAUAAUGUCUUUUAUUCUAAUUAUUUAUAUUUCAAUUAUUUCUAUGCCUUCAUUUAAUUUGGCGAUUUCUUUAUAUGGAAGGAAUUCCCUCAUAAAUAACAAUUCUAACAAUCGAAAAAUUCGUGCAUUUAUGAAUUUUAAUUUUGGGAGAAGCGAAGAAGGACAAGUUCAAGGAAACAAAAGGAUGGACAAGGAAUUGAGGAAAAAGAAUCUCUCAGAUAAUAUUAACAACGCUUUACGGUUAAUUGAGUUAGUAGCAUCACAAUUGAAUUCUAAACAAACUUCUCUUAUUGCUACUACUCACUCAUUGUCAACAUCUCCUUUUUCUCCUCAAUCUCUUUCCACACCCUCAUUUGGCAAAUUGAAUGAAUAUAACUUGGAUGGAAAUGAAAAUAAAGAAAAUUUUAACAAAAAAGAUAAACAAAAAAAUGAAAUAAAAAAACAGAAAAAAAUAGAAGAAGAGCCUCUCGUUAUUAGGCAUUACAACAGAGAUUGCUUUUUUACACCAAUUAAUUGUUUUGUUGGGAAAGCGGGUGAAGAAGCUACAAAUAUUGUUGGAAGCGCAUCAAAUUCAAGAAAGCAUGUUCUCUUUAUAAGACGAAGAAAUUAA